ACUAUACUUGCAAAGUAGUUAUGAAUUUAUUUACCGACCUUUUUCAGAACUUGGAGGGGCAAAAAUGUAAUUUUAACCAAUUUAAUCUACUAGUUCAGCGUCGACGGGAGCAGAGCAGAGCACCACUCCUCUGCCCUUUCUCCUUCCCGCACCACCACCCGCCGCCGCCACCACACCACCGCCGCGGCACUCUUCCGAUCAGAUUUCAGUUAUCACAAUCCAUGAAACUUGUUUGCCCUAAUACAACUGGCCCUCAUUUGCUUUCAGUCUUCUCAUUCCCAUCCCUCUCGAUUCUCAGAACCCGCAGAGAAUCUGGGCCCAAAUUAUCAUCUCGAUGGAAUUCAAAUUCCGCCGGGCUGAAAUUGAAUUGCAAUUGCGUUAGUGCCAGUAAUGAGAGCUGUAGUAACGGCCGUAACAAUGGCGGCAGUGACAUCUGGGAAGAAUCCGACGAGUGCGUGGAGGUGAUAGUUGUCGGCAGCCGGAAAGAUGCCAUCCUGGACUUCUGCUCCGCCUCUCCUUUUCUUUCCCCUGUUCUGAGAUUCUGGAAUAUUCUUGGUUAUGAGUCGGAACUGGUGCGAUUGCAACAGAGGUUUACUAAACAAGAUAGCACUCCAAUAACAGUGGAAGAUUUCUCAGCUCGGCAGUCUCGUAAAGCUGUUAUACUUGUUGCUAGUGCUGCUUAUGGCUCGGAUCAUAUUACAGCACUUGAAGUUCUUAGUAAUGCCAAAUCUGCAAACGGGUUUGUGGUGGGCAUAAUUCUGAAGCCAUUUAGCUUUGAAGGACAAAGGCGCCUAGACGAGGUCAAGGAUUUGGUAAGCAAACUUCAAAAGCAAGCAAAUUUUUGUAUCGUUCUUGAUACGGAUACGCUUCUCGAGAAUGAUCUGGUUACUCUAGACGAGGCGUUGAGGACUUCUAACAAUGCUGUUUUGAUGGCCAUGAAUGCCAUAUCCAUUCUCUUAUCUGGAAAACACAUAAAACUUCUCAACACAAACGACAAUUCAAUCAGAGAACUUCAACUUCCUGAGUUUAGAGAAAUUUUCGAGAGUUACAGUGAAGCAAGAAUUGGAUUUGGGUCGGGUCACAAUAUCAAAACUUCACUUUUGCAAGCUAUAAACGACUGCCCUUUCCUGGGUGUCGAUAUAAAGGACCUUGAUGGUGUGAUUUUAUGCAUGAUUGCAACUUCAGGUAUCGUAAAUGGCAAUGAUGCAAAUAAUGCUUUGCACGAAAUUCGUUCAAUUACAAAAUGCAACGGCGAAAUCGCCGUAUCUGUAGUUCACGAGCCCAAUCUGGAGCCUAACACAAUACUGGCCACCGUAAUUGUUUUCGGAUAUACCAGAAAGCAAUUGGCUCCCAGAAACGGCAUAUUCUCUAGCCUGGGCCAACGUUUCCCUUUCAUCUUCAAUAUCUUUAAGAAGCAACACCAGAAAACUAACAAUUCCGAAAACGCCAUUUCAUCUAAGGAUCCGCGUAUCUCCGACGUGAUAAAUCCACCUGGCGCUGAAGAAACUGGUGUUUUCUCUGGCAAAAUCGGGGAUAUAGAUGAAGAAUUAUUUUCUAUAAGGGAUGAGAAUAGCUCAGCAGAAAGAGAGGUGGAAUUAUUUGAAUCUAACUUCAGUUCUUCCGCUUAUGAUUUGAAUUCUGAAGGCACGCAAAUGUUCAAAAGGGAGCUGCUAACUAGAGGGAAUCAGGGGCCAGGUCAAUCAGCUGAAGUGUCUAAAUACGGGACCAAUUUUUCUGAAGCAACUGCAUCGGUUGACAGUAUCAGCAUCUACAAACUGCCUGUGGGUGUAAAACAUUUAGAGGAGUUGGAAGACACUUCUCUCACCUCAAACACUAAGCACGAAGACAAUGUGAAGAAGCAGCAUCACGAUGCGCCUAGUGUAUCUUGGUCUGGGUUGACCAAUGUUGACUUCAACAAUAAAGGAAAUAUCACCGGUAACACUAAGAAGCAUGGAGGGCUCUCAGUUCGUGCUGCAUCCAUGCUGGAAACGGAGAGAGAUUCACAGAAGAAAUGGAAUCGUACGGUGGAAAUGAAAUAUCGUGGAGGAACAUACAGAGGGCGUGCUCAAGGAGGGCUACCCGAAGGAAAGGGUCGUCUAUUGCUUGGAGAUGGAAGCAUAUAUGAGGGUAUGUGGCGGUAUGGAAAAAGAUCGGGUAUGGGAACAUUCUACUUCAACAAUGGAGAUGUUUUCCAAGGAUCCUGGAGGGAUGAUGUCAUGCAUGGCAAGGGAUGGAUUUACUUCCAUACUGGAGAUAGAUGGUUUGCCAAUUUCUGGAAGGGAAAGGCAAACGGCGAAGGCCGUUUCUACUCGAAGCUUGGUGAUGUUUUCUUUGGCCACUUCAAAGAAGGAUGGCGAAAUGGAAAUUUUCUUCGUAUCAAUGUUGAUGGGACAAGAUCUCAAGAGCUAUGGGAUGAAGGCGUCCUCGUCAGCGAAAAGCAAUUGGAUCCUAAUGCCGAACUUGGUUGAGCAUUUGUUUCAUUUGGUACUUGUAAAUAUGAAUCGAAAAAUCAGCAUUUUGUUAAUACGCACGUACCCAUGUGUGUCUGUGCGCGUAAAAGAUGGAUAUUGCAUUCUAUGUAGCUUAUUCAUCUCCAUCUCUUUUUUUGUAUGUUAAAAAUGUUGUGUAAAUAUGGGCAUCUAUUCAUUUGAUAAUUAAUUUUAAAUCGUUGGCUACCUUUCUUUUGUAGAAA